CGACACGUCUUUCAUUUGACCAUUUCUGUGGUUUCUAGUGUAUAAAUAGACCAUUGUGCUUUUAGAAUAUGCUUCGCUCUCUUCUAUUUUGCCCUAACCCACAACCCUUUCGUGCUCCCUCAAUCUAAUCAUCAACAACCAUGGCUCGCCGUAGCUCCGGAAGAUCUGCCCGUCCAGCUCCACGAGCUGCACCUCGCCCUGCUCCAGUCAACCAUGCUCCUCCUCCAGCUCCUGUUCAGAGCAGCGGUGGAUCUAUGCUAGGUGGCCUUGGUGCAACCAUGGCCCAAGGUAUGGCUUUGGGCACUGGAAGUGCUAUCGCACAUAGGGCUAUGGAUGCAGUCAUGGGUCCUCGUGUCGUUCAACAUGAAACAGUAGCUGCUGAGGCUGCUGCUGCUGCUCCUGCACCCACUGCACAUGCUUUUGGUGGUGACGCAUGCGGUAUCCACACAAAGGCAUUCCAGGACUGUAUCAACAGCUACGGAGCUGACAUUAGCAAGUGCCAGUUUUACAUGGAUAUGCUAGCAGAAUGCAGAAAGAACUCUGGAUCCUCAUUGAGUGCGUAACUUCCUUUUGCCUGUUUUGGAGUAUGCUGAUGUGUACUGUUUCAGAUGGAUACUAGGAAAUUAUUUGAUGUGGCUAAAGAUAUUGUUUUAAUAAAUUUCACUCGUCGCAUGAUGCUUGCGAACUGAAAUGGAAUUUACUAUCAAUUUAUCAAUUUACCCUGAAUGGCUUGUUUCU